AGGAAAUCGCCUUUGUACCCACUGGCUAUCCGACGCGACGUGACGCGCGACUAAACACACCGAUCCGUAUCUGUAGAUUAAGGGCGAGUUUUUGUGACUUCAAAAUUUAAUUUUUAUAUGAACCGGCUUUUUUAAAUUGAAUCGAAAUGUCGAAGAAAAACGGAUUGGAGGCGACCAUGGUGCCUGGCAAGUCAGAGCCGACGGAAUCCACGCCUCUGGUGCCUAGAGUUGGUUCAGAGGAUGGCGCCGGCGGGCCAAGCAAAGGCGACAGCGGGGGAUUGUCGGUGAACCAGACCGCCUUCCUGGUGGCCGGGGAGAUGGUCGGCAGUGGAGUCCUUGCGCUGCCUCGAGCUCUCGUCAAGACUGGAUGGGUGGGCGUUCCCAUUCUGGUGCUCACGUGCCUCAUAGCAGCCUUCAGCGGCAAGCGGCUGGGCGACUGCUGGACCAUCAUCGAAGGCCGAGACCCCGAGAUGAGGACCAGGAAACGAAACCCCUACGCCAUCAUCGCCGAACAGUCGCUGGGAAAGUUUUGGAGCGUGGCGGUAUCCCUGGCAAUGAUGGUGACUCAGUUCGGCGUGGCCGUGGUGUACCUGCUGCUGGCGGCGCAGAUCAUCGAGCAGGUGUUCAUGACGCUGGCCCCGACUGUCACCAUCUGCAUCUGGUACCUCGUGGUGGUCGGUGCGAUGACGCCGCUCAUGCUUUUUGGGACGCCUAGGGAUUUCUCGUUCCUGGGAGUGAUAGCGUUCUUCGCAGCGGUAGUGGCCUGCAUCCUCUACUUCAUUCAGAUGAUGAACGACGUGCGGCCCUUCGUGUUCCGCUGGGGCAUCCACGGCUUCAGCGACUUCUUCCUGGCCAUGGGCAUCAUCAUGUUCGCGUUCGGCGGCGCCUCCACCUUCCCCACCAUACAGAACGACAUGACUGACAAAACGAAGUUCAACAAAAGCCUGCAGUAUGGCUUUACUGCGAUGCUGGCCCUAUACCUGCCCAUCGCAACAGCCGGCUACGCGGUGUACGGAGAGUCAGUGGGCUCGAACUUCAUCACUUCAUUGGGGCCCAGUGCUCUGAGCCUCGUUGGCAACGUGCUGAUGGCUAUCCACCUCAUCUGCGCCUUCAUUAUCCUCAUCAACCCUGUCUGCCAGGAGUUGGAGGAGCUGUAUAGCAUUCCCACAGAUUCCGUCGGUUAUCGCGCACUAGCCCGGGUAUCCAUCAUGGCGGGCAUCCUCUUCAUUGGCGAGAGCAUUCCCCGCUUCUACACUAUCCUGGCAUUAGUGGGAGGCACCACCAUUGCCUUCCUUACGUUCGUGCUGCCUUCUUACUGCUACCUCAACAUCAUCAGCCAGCCACCCAGGGAAGGCCAGCAGGCACCUGAGGUGGCCAGCUGGGUCAAGUACGCGUGCUGGCAGAUCGUCGUGGGCGCUACCCUGGUCGGAGUGGCGGCCACGUACAGCGCCAUCAGCGCCAUCUUUAGCACCGCCAUGACCACGCCUUGCUAUCUGAAGUAGACAACCACGCAGCCUUUAUACAACUACGGAGAGAAGUUAGUAUAAGGCUCCCUCUGUUCUGCAAUCCCAUACAAAUGACAAAGACAAAAAACUCAGUGGGCGUUAACGAAAGCGAAACUAUUUUCGAAUUAGAUUUCGAAUGUUUUCUGAAAACAUUUUCAAAUUGGAUUGCGAAAGUGUUCUGAAAAUAUUUUCGAAUUGAACUUUCAAUGUUUUUUGUAAACACUUACUAUAUAUAAUUUUUCAGGGUUUUCAGGGGAUGCAGGUUCAUAUCCUGCCGGUCGGUCCCGCAAUUUUGGAUAGGUAUAUGUACUAAAAAAAAAAAAAUUUUUAAAUAUGUUUGUGAUUGGUUGGAUUAUCCACUCAAAAUGGUUAACGCCCACUGAGUGCUUGCUCUUUGUCAUUUGUAUGGGAUUACGUAACAGAGAUCACUAUACUAAGUUCUCUCCGUGGAUUGAGUAUAGUUAGAGUGCUGGUGGCAGUAUCGGUAUAAUAUGUUUACCUCGUCAAUAUAAUACUUAGUUUAAAGCUCAAAAAGACACACAAAAUGGCAAGAUGGUGUCGCAGAUUUUUGAAAAAAAAAAUAAGUUUGAAUGUAUGUUCCAAGCUGCUUGCUUUUGCCUGGUAUUUAGUUUUUAUUAUAUUACAUAGAAAAAAUACCAUUAGCCAAAUGUCUAAUACUUGAAAUUAUGAUAUGUAUCGAAAAACAAUAAUAAAUUACUCAUUAACCAGAAGACGCAUUAUCAUAAGUUCAUUUCGCAUUAUCAAUAGAAGUCUGACGACGAGAUAUUAUUAUGUACAUCAGAUAUUUGUGUGGAUGCGAUCCUGAACAUUGAGGAUUUAUCAUAGUUUGUUUUUCUUUUUGGAUUCUAGAAUUUUUCUAGAUUUUUUUGUUUAAAUCCAUCUAUACAUUAGGACUAGGCUAAGUCGUAGUACGUAUUUUGUAAUAAACGAAUUCAGUUUGAUCUGCUAUGUUAUGAAGAGGAAAAUUUAAUAAACGUGAUAUUUUUCCGAUUAUGUUUAUCCGUAAAGUGCAACGGCGACUUUUGUUGACUGGUGUUUAAAAAUGAUGGAUCCUUAUCGUUUUGCAUACCUAAUGAACUAAAAUUCGUGUAGAUUGGUUACCUAUUUUGUAAGAAAUUGUACCGUAUUGAGUAAAUCUAAUUUUAUAUCAAUUUUAUUAUUAUAUAAAUAGCUUGGUAGCCUGUAAAUUACUAUAUUAGUUUUUAGGCUACCUAGCUUCAAGUUUUACCUUUAGUUUAGUGUUAGGUAAGUAUAAUUUAAUAAACGACCAUAAUGUUUAGGUAUGCUUACUUACCUACUUAAUGUUGUAUUAUGAGUAGGUACAAUACGAAUGUUUUCGUUGUUGUACUAUUUUAUACAUUAAUAUACGUAUUUUUCUUAAUAAACGUUAUAAUAUUACCUGA